UAUCCACCCAGUAAACAUACUACUAAAUCUCUCUACAAUGGCUCGCUUCCUACAAAUCCUGCUCGUCGCCUCAUUGGCUUUCGCACUCUGCGCCGCUGAAGCGCCACGUUUCCGUGGUCGCAACGGACGCCUACAACUCUCCAAGCAACGUAGCCGUUUCUUGGCACGUCAGGAAGUCGCUGAGGAAGCAGUUGUAACCCCAUACCCCUCCGCCAAGGAACUAAUACCAGAGAUUCCAUUUGAUGAAGCCGCCGCCGCUGCUGCUCCCGAGGUCCCCGUUGAAGCACCAGCUGAACCCGAGGGUGACGUAAAUGUCUCCGUGAAUGUUGAUCUUCUAGCUGAACAAGCACCAGCUGAAGAAGAAGCAGAUGAAACCGCGCUCGCCGAUGAUGCUGAGGGUGAACACGAACCAGACCUCAUCUAUGGCCCACCAGAAGCUGAGGACGUGCCAGUCGUCAAUGAAAAUACACCCGUUGAAGAAAUUGAAGCCACCACCGCUGAGGAAGAAGGCGAACAAGCAGCCGCUGAGGAGGCUAUCGAAUCUGCACGUUUGACUUCAGGUCGUCGCAUCAACGCACGCAAAUCCGCUCGUCCAGCUAAGUUGAGGGCUCCCGCUCGUGCUCGUGCUAAUUCCGUGAAAUCGGCCAAAAUUGUUAAAGCGACCAAAACUCGCUCAGCUCGUCUGCAACAAUUGCCACAACAGCAACAGUUCUUUGUGCCUCAACAGUUCGCGGCUCAACAACGCCAACAGCCUGCCUUCUAUUACACCGCUGGUCAACUGCAACAGUGGUAGGUUGAAAGAACUGUACUUUUCAUGAAAGUAAAUAGUAUAGAGAAUUGUUAACAAUCGGAUUGGAGAGUUGUUAAAGAUUUUUGUAGACUGAUAAAUACAUAAAAACCCGUUAUUCGAACAAAACAUAUAUAUGCGAUCUUUAGAAUGUG